CGCUUUCAAAAAUAAUAUGGCGGCCAAACGAGUUUUCGACGUGAAUGAAGCUUCGAUUGUAGACUUAAAAGCUGAACUCGCCCGGAAAGAGUCGCAGUUCAAGCGAGAGAAACUUGGAGGCGAAAAGAUAUUAAAUCGACAACCUAAGAAACCUCCAGUGUGGGCUAAAGUUAAAAAGGAGACAAAAGUUACAAACUCAGGGAGUUUACCUUCCAAACAAGAUGAAUUGUCAUUAGAGGAACAACAAGCUCUGCAAAAAUCAAGGCAAGCUUUGGAAGCCAAAGCAGCAUUGUAUGAGAAGAUGGCAAGAGGUGAAAUUGAAGAUGAAGGUGAUGAUGAAGAAGAAGGGAGAUUUUUGGUGGACUUCCACAAGAAAAUUUAUUCAAAGGAUGAAGAGCAUCUCCAGGAUUCAGAUGAAUUGAAAGAUGAAGACAUACCACCCCCCUCAGGACCUGAAGAGGAAUGGGUUGAUUAUGUAGAUUCACUGGGUAGGGAAAGGAGAUGUCUGCGUAAAGAUCUGAAACAUCUUCAAGAGAUGGAUAAAGAAAUGAAUGCUCCAAAGGGUCCCCCGACACUUUUAUCUGAAGACAUGCGGAGAGAGCUCGCGAGGCAAGAAUGGGAGAAAGAAGAGGAAGAAGCCAUGAAUAAACCCAUUGGACCUGUUCAUUAUCAAGAUAUACGCUUUGAUGAAAUCCGCAAUCAUGGUGUGGGAUAUUAUCAGUUUUCAACAAACGAAGAAGAAAGACAAGAGCAGAUGAAAACGUUAGAUAAACUGAGGGAUCAGACAAUGGAGCAGCGAGUUCGUACUCAGAAAUUAAAAGACAAACGAAAAGCUGCAAUGGACGCUCGUCUUGCUAAAGUAAGAGAAAGAAAACUGAAAAAACUGAAAGCUUCCGGCGAACUAAGCGAGGAAUCAGUAGAGACGAAUGGACAAUUGCAACGGAAUGAGAAAGAACAGAAAGACUCAGAGGAUACGAGAGAAACAACAACAUCAGAACAAAAUGUUGAGGAGGGAUCACUUGAGAAGGAAGAGGAACAUGUUGAUAUGCCUCGAAGGCCUUUGAAAAAAGAGGAUUUACCCGAAUGGGCACGACACAAAAUUAAGCAAUGGGACCAACCUCGAUCGUCACCACGUACAGACCCGCGAUUAGAAAGAGACCAGGAAUUUGCACCACCUUCCUUUUACUACGAAGAAACUAACACCACCCAGAGCAGUAAAAACACUCGGAAAGAAUCGAAAAAACUAAUUAAUCAGCAGAAAGAAAUCAAGAAUGAAAGAUAUCGGGAGAAUGAGACUCGUGAGAUCUCUCAUGAUGAAGAACAAAAAGAAUUCAAACCACUAGAACAGCAACAACAAUUACAGCGACCAAUUCAAACUCAACCGGUUGCUUCAUAUACCCCUGAUAUUCCCCGUCUUCCCCCUCCUCCACAAGAAUUUGUUCAUCCGCCGUGGUCUGGGUAUCCGUGGCGUCCCCCUCCUAACAUCCCACCACCGCCACUGCCACUGGUAAAUCAGAUACCAUGGCAACCAAAUUUUCCUUAUAACGUUCCACCGCCUCCAAUUCCUUGGCAACCCAAUGUUACUCCAUGGCAACCCUAUCAGGCGCCGUCCACAUUGGGAGCUAGCCCCGUCUCCAGCACGCACGUGACUCAGGGUUCAAAUCCAUCGAAUCCUUCAAGGGCUAACAUGUCCCUGUCUGCGAAAGACACAUCGGACGAGAAAACAACGAUGGCGGCGGAGAAUACUGAGACUAUGAAUGAUCCUAAUCAGGUCCAGCGUAGAGACAGAACAAUUCCGUCAACAGAGGAACUUGCUGGCUUUGUAGCUCGCUGUCGAUCAAGUACUUGAAAUAAAUGAAAUUACCUUUGAAAGAU